ACACAGCCUUAAUUUGUGCCACGCGUCCAUUCAAGUCCCAGUCACCACACACGCACCACACACACACAGCCUCUGCAAUUGUUUGCAACAAUGGCGAUGACCACCACUCCUCUCUAUUUUGCCUCUCCGAUUCCAAAACAAAGCAACUCUACAAAUCCACACACCUUUUCUUCUCUCUCUUCUCGCAUCUCCAUCGCCAAACGCUCGUCUCUCUCUGUCCGAUCACCGCCGCAGCCGGCGGCGGCGGUAGUGGUGGCUGAAACCGCGAGUGCAGUUGUGGAAGCUGAGCCGAAGAAGACCGACGCUUCUCCGCCCAAUUCUCUGCCUUUCCGAGUCGGGCAUGGCUUCGAUCUCCACAGAUUGGAACCUGGAUACCCUCUCAUCAUCGGCGGCAUCGAUAUCCCCCACGAUCGAGGCUGCGAGGCUCACUCUGAUGGUGAUGUGUUGCUUCACUGUGUUGUUGAUGCAAUCUUGGGUGCUUUAGGGCUUCCCGACAUUGGGCAGAUCUUUCCCGACUCCGAUCCCAAGUGGAAAGGUGCCGCAUCAUCGGUUUUCAUUGAAGAAGCUGUAAGACUGAUGCACGAAGCAGGUUAUGAGCUAGGAAACUUAGAUGCGACUUUGAUUCUUCAGAGGCCAAAGCUGAGCCCGCAUAAGGAGGCUAUCAGGGCCAAUUUGUCUAAGCUGCUUGGUGCAGACUCCUCUGUUGUAAACUUGAAAGCAAAAACUCAUGAGAAGGUCGACAGUCUUGGGGAAAAUAGGAGUAUUGCAGCACAUACUGUUGUUCUUCUUAUGAGGAAGUAGAAAAGGGACCAUUCCAAAUUUGAAUCUCUGGAGUGUGAAAAUUAUAUUUUCUCAUUAUUGUAUACAGCUUACAAGGAUUCCACACUUUUUUAUUUCUUACAGUUGACAAUCUAUAGCAUGCGUUGGAUAUUUUAAUGGGCUCCCAAUCCUGUCUGUAUUCAAAAGUUGAAAUGUAGUAUUUUGGAGUUGGAAUCUACUUCUCCAUCUUUGUGCACGCUUUGUGCCUGUGAGCAUGUAUAUGUAUAACAGUCAAUGAAGCUGUUCGAUCUGAUAAUUUGUUUGCAA